AUGGUUAUUUUGGAUCGUCUCCCCACUAGGGACAGACUGCAAAGAUUUGGGCUUGUUACCAGCGAUCUCUGUAUUUUCUACUCGGAUGCAAAGGAAACUAGAAAUCAUCUUUUUGUUGAGUGUGUGAAGACUUCAUCCAUUUGGAGAUCAAUCCUACAAAUGUCCGGUUUGAACAAGCAUUUCUCAACAUGGAACAACCUGCUGGAGUGGGCGAUCGCAUCAUGGAAAGAUAAAUCACUGAUUUCUUGUAUUUUGAAGCUCUCAUGGUGCGCUUUUAAUUACACCAUUUGGGAGGAAAGGAAUCGUAGGAUCUUUAGAGGAAGUUGCAGAACAGAACCAGAAAUUGUCUAUGCUAUUAAGGAUAUUGUUGGAUCUCUUCUAAGUAAUAGAGAUAUUAACAAAACAGAUAGCACAAAUAUAGAUCUUUGUACUCACGGGGGUAUAGUCUAG